AUGCAAACCACAACACUCAGCUCCUCUGCAAUACAUAGAUUUGCAAACAACGUUCAGCUGGGUACAAAAAUCAUCCCAGCACAGCAGCCGACCUUGGGACUAUCCCUCCGAGCCUCCCCUCCAGAAGCCUACCCACGAGAACCGGCCGGCUACGGCCUCAUCCUCACCGGCGGCGCUUACAGCGACUUUAAAGGGCGGCUGCCACGAUGGCGUGGUCCCGCAGCAGCCACACCCGCACAGGACAAGGGUCCCCUUUUCACCCCCUCCACCCUCACGCACGGGAGACGGAAGGGCUCCCCCAACUCGAGGCGAGCGGCCCUGCAGGGACACACCCCAGGCAGGCGGUCGGCCAGCUGCCCCCUCCCCAGGAGAGCGGCCAUUUCUGGUGACCCAGCCGGACACCACCCCCCGCCCCCACCAGCUGCUGCGGGGCACCCUGGGACCUGUAGUCCUCGCCCCCCUCCUCGCCCCGUGACCUACUUCGCCCCGGACUACGGCUCCCGUCGCUCCCCGCAGCCGGCUUGGCCCGGCGCUUCGCUUGCCGGGGUAGGGCAUAAAAUUUUCCACGGCACAUGCGCCCUCCUCGCCGGCCCGCCCGCCCCGGCGCUGCCCACGGCAGGGAACACGCCCCGCGGCCCGGCGCUCGGGACCGCCGGGCAGCCGCCCCCUUCUUCCCUUCCCCUCCCUCUCGACAAGGAUGGAGAGGCGCGUCUCCACCCCACAGCAGGCUCCCCACUAACGCACGGCUGCGGGACGGCACCCAGGAGGCCACAAGGCCUGUGUCGUCCUCCCUCGCCGCUGCCUGUCCCCGUCCACACGGUGGGGGACGCGGCGUCGCAAACAAAGUCCCCACAAGAGCCCUUCGACGGAGGGGGCACGACCGGCGGACUACUUUGUCUCAGCACGCCUCUGCGCCUCCGACUUCAGCGGAAGGCCAGCCCGGCCGCAGCGGAGGCGAGGGACUCGCAAGCUGCGUGAGCGGUGACCGUGCUAAAAAUAACCACAGCAUGUUAGCAACAGCCUUCCCAUUGGCUGGCCGUGCCCGGCGGCGCCUUCUGAUUGGUGCGCUGCCUCAACCAGUGAGCAGAAGGGGGUGUGCGCGGGAGGGCGGUGCCGGGUGCGGCGCGCCGGCUGUCGGGAGCUGUAGUUGCGGCGUCCUCUGUCCCGCACCACGGGCGGUGCAAGGGCUGCGCCUGGGCCGGCAGGCAGGGAAGGGUUAACCCGGCGCGGCGCAAGGAAAGCACGCUGCUCUCAGAAAGGGCAGCUGUGGAGAUGACCAGACUUGGGGCCCAUGCUACUGCGCUGAAUGCGCUCACCUAGUGCCACAUGGCUUUUUAUUCUGCAAAUAAAACACAGCAGUGAACUUGCUCAGGGGUAGGAGGGAAAUCUCAGGCCUGGUAAUGGAUAGUCCCCUCUAAAGCAACGUUAAAGGGAACAUUACAGGGGUAGCCACAUACACGUUUUUACAGGGUGCCAGCUGCCAGCACAGACAGCUUAGCGCUCUGUAUUUUGAACCAAACCUACCAAUAGUUCUGGGAAAAAUGAAGAAAAUCGCUAUAGGUGCCCAUAGGCUACACAUUUUGACAUCACUUCAAAAGACAGCACUUGUAAAGGUCUCUUGCUGCCCACGCAUAGGGCAGCUUUGGAGCAGAGUAAAGCUCCAAACAAAUGGAGGGAUAGUAAGAAUGGUCUCUCCAAGUCAUGUAUCAGGAAUCUUACUCAGCAGACCAGGGAGGGAGAGCUGGUCUCCAUGACCAAAGAGCCACUGCAGUCCCUCUUACAGUAGUGGUAGCUUGACUGGGCAUGUGAAACUCUUUCCUGUUUGCCCUGGUUCUGAAGAAUUCCCAAGAAAAUUCCAUCAUGGAAUAUCCCAUAUUUGAAAUCAGACCUUCUCAAUAGCACAGUUCUGUUUGAAUGCUUGAUGAA